GCGCUUCCGUCUCGCGCCGUGCGUCACCGCGCGCAGGCGCUCCUUUCCACGUGCGAAAGCCUGAGACUCGUGGAGUCGGGGACGCCGCAGGUUGCCUGAGUCGCGCGACCAGAACGCAGGGAUGAAGCCAGGUUUCAGCCCCCGUGGGGGCGGCUUUGGUGGCAGAGGCGGCUUUGGUGACAGAGGUGGUAGAGGAGGAGGCCGAGGAGGCCGAGGAGGCUUCGGUGGUGGCCGAGGAGGCUUUGGCGGUGGAGGCCGAGGUCGAGGCGGAGGGGGUGGUGGCUUCAGGGGACGAGGAGGUGGAGGUGGCCGAGGUGGAGGCUUCCAAUCUGGGGGCAACCGGGGUCGAGGUGGUGGCCGGGGAGGCAAGAGAGGAAACCAGUCAGGGAAGAAUGUGAUGGUGGAGCCACAUCGGCAUGAAGGUGUCUUUAUCUGUCGAGGAAAGGAGGACGCCCUUGUCACAAAGAAUCUGGUCCCUGGAGAAUCUGUGUAUGGAGAGAAGAGAGUCUCUAUUUCAGAAGGAGAUGACAAAAUUGAGUACCGAGCCUGGAACCCCUUCCGCUCCAAGCUGGCAGCAGCAAUCCUGGGCGGUGUAGACCAGAUCCACAUCAAGCCAGGGGCCAAGGUGCUCUACCUUGGGGCAGCCUCAGGCACCACCGUCUCCCACGUCUCUGAUAUCGUCGGCCCGGAUGGUCUGGUCUACGCCGUUGAGUUCUCCCACCGCUCUGGCCGUGACCUCAUCAACUUGGCCAAGAAGAGGACCAACAUUAUUCCUGUAAUCGAGGAUGCUCGGCACCCACACAAAUACCGCAUGCUUAUUGCAAUGGUGGAUGUUAUCUUUGCUGAUGUGGCACAGCCAGACCAAACUCGGAUUGUGGCCCUGAAUGCCCACACCUUCUUGCGGAAUGGAGGACACUUUGUGAUUUCCAUUAAGGCCAACUGCAUUGACUCCACAGCCUCAGCAGAAGCUGUGUUUGCAUCUGAAGUGAAGAAGAUGCAGCAAGAGAACAUGAAGCCCCAGGAACAGUUGACGCUAGAGCCUUACGAACGAGACCACGCAGUGGUUGUAGGCGUGUACAGGCCACCUCCCAAGGCGAAGAACUGAAACUCAGUGCUGUCUGGAUUGAAGAAGUGUGUGUUGCUACUGUUGCACGUGUGGCUUUUGAUGGGGGCGGGGAGAGUUGUUUUGUUUUUCUAUUAAAAGACUCAUCUGUCUC